AUGGCGUGGUUAAGCUUGCAGCCUGUCACCUCGGCCUUCCUCCAUUUUGGGCUGGUUACUUUUGUGCUGUUUUUGCAUGGUUUGCAGGUGGAUGCUGGCCUGACGGUAGACUCAACCAGUUCAGUACAAAACAACUCGUGUUCAGGAUCUUUUGAGUGCAAAGAAGGUGUUAUCCUGCCAAUAUGGUACCCAGAAAACCCAUCACUUGGGGACAAAAUUGCCCGUGUUAUCGUAUACUUUGUAGCACUGAUCUACAUGUUCCUUGGAGUCUCCAUCAUUGCAGAUCGUUUCAUGGCAUCUAUAGAGGUCAUUACAUCACAAGAGAAAGAAAUUACGAUGAAGAAACCCAAUGGAGAGACCACAACGACCACCAUUCGGAUUUGGAAUGAAACUGUUUCCAACUUGACCCUCAUGGCUCUGGGCUCCUCUGCUCCUGAGAUCCUUCUGUCUCUGAUAGAAAUCUGUGGGCAUGGUUACAUAGCUGGAGACUUGGGGCCAUCUACAAUUGUUGGCAGUGCUGCUUACAAUAUGUUUGUCAUCAUUGCCAUCUGUGUCUAUGUGGUUCCUGAUGGGGAAACCAGAAAGAUAAAACACCUGAGGGUUUUCUUUGUCACAGCUGCGUGGAGCAUCUUUGCUUACAUCUGGUUGUACAUGAUCCUUGCUGUCUUCUCUCCAGGUGUGGUUCAGGUCUGGGAAGGUCUGCUCACACUGUUCUUCUUUCCACUUUGUGUCCUUCUGGCUUGGAUAGCAGAUAGACGUCUGCUUUUCUAUAAGUAUAUGCACAAAAAGUACCGUGCUGGCAAGCAGAGGGGCAUUAUCAUAGAAACAGAAGGUGAUCACCCUAAGGGAAUUGAGAUGGAUGGCAAGAUGAUGAACUCACACUUUCUGGAUGGGAACUUAGUGACUAUGGAGGGGAAGGAGGUGGAUGAAUCUCGCAAAGAGAUGAUCCGAAUCCUUAAGGACCUGAAGCAAAAGCACCCAGAAAAGGACUUGGACCAGCUGGUAGAAAUGGCUAACUACUAUGCCUUGUCUCAUCAGCAAAAGAGCAGAGCCUUUUAUCGCAUUCAAGCUACCAGAAUGAUGACGGGAACUGGCAAUAUUCUGAAGAAACACGCAGCUGAGCAAGCCAAGAAGAGCACAAGCUUGCAUGAGGUGCAGCCAGAUGAAUCUGAGGAGUUAAUCUCCAAAGUUUAUUUUGACCCAUGCUCCUACCAGUGUCUUGAGAACUGCGGUGCUGUUCUCCUGACAGUGGUGCGGAAAGGAGGGGACAUGUCCAAGACCAUCUAUGUGGACUAUAAAACAGAAGAUGGCUCUGCCAAUGCUGGUGCUGACUAUGAGUUCACGGAGGGGACUGUUGUCUUGAAAUCAGGGGAGACCCAGAAGGAGUUCUCGGUGGGAAUUAUUGAUGAUGACAUCUUUGAGGAAGAUGAGCAUUUCUUUGUGCGGCUCAGUAACCUCCGUGUGGUGGAGAGCGAGGAACCUCCAGAGCUCAGUAACUCCCCAUACCCAAAGGCCAUAUUGGCUUCUCCUUGUGUGGCCACAGUGACUAUACUGGAUGAUGACCAUGCUGGCAUCUUCACAUUUGAGUGUGGUGUUAUGCAUGUCAGUGAGAGCAUUGGCAUGAUGGAAGUCAAAGUCCUAAGGACAUCAGGUGCUCGUGGUACAGUCAUAGUACCAUUUAGGACAAUAGAAGGGACAGCAAAAGGAGGUGGAGAAGACUAUGAAGACGCUUACGGGGAAUUGGAGUUCAAGAAUGAUGAAACUGUGAAAACCGUAAGGGUUAAGAUAAUAGAUGAGGAGGAAUACGAAAGGCAGGAGAAUUUCUUCAUUGCCCUUGGUGAACCGAGAUGGAUGGAACGAGGAAUAUCAGCCCUGCUGCUCACCCAAGAGGUGGCUGAGAGGAAACUGACGGUUGAAGAGGAGGAAGCAAAGAGGAUUGCAGAGAUGGGCAAACCCAUACUUGGCGAGCAUCCCAAACUAGAAGUCAUCAUUGAGGAGUCCUAUGAGUUCAAGAGCACUGUGGACAAGCUGAUUAAGAAGACAAACCUGGCUUUGGUUGUAGGGACACAUUCCUGGAGGGAACAGUUCCUGGAGGCCAUUACCGUCAGUGCAGCAGGUGAAGACGAUGAGGAUGAGUCUGGUGAGGAACGCCUGCCGUCCUGCUUCGACUACGUGAUGCACUUCCUGACGGUCUUCUGGAAGGUGCUGUUUGCCUGCGUGCCCCCCACGGAGUACUGCAAUGGCUGGGCCUGCUUCAUGGUCUCCAUGAUCAUCAUCGGCGUGCUCACCGCCAUCAUCGGUGACCUCGCCUCCCACUUCGGCUGCACCAUUGGCCUCAAAGACUCGGUCACCGCCGUCAUCUUCGUCGCCUUUGGCACCUCGUUACCAGACACGUUUGCCAGCAAAGCCGCAGCCAUCCAUGACGUGUACGCCGAUGCCUCCAUCGGCAAUGUCACGGGCAGUAACGCCGUCAACGUCUUCCUGGGCAUCGGGCUGGCGUGGUCGGUGGCGGCCAUCUACUGGGCAUCCCAGGGGCAGGAGUUCCAGGUGUCAGCAGGCACCCUCGCCUUCUCCGUCACCCUCUUCACCAUCUUCGCCUUCAUCUGCAUCAGCGUCCUCCUCUACCGCCGGCGGCCCCACCUCGGGGGGGAGCUGGGCGGCCCCCGGGGGUGCCUGGACUUGGUUGCACUGGCUCUGGCUGGUUUGCCCCCUGUCUCCUCCCCAGCCCUCUGGUUCUGUACUCCUGGGAAGAUCCCGCAGCACUUGCCCACAGCUGGCUGA